UGCGGAGAAAUACAAUCAAUUGUCAGCUGUUACUAAAAUCUCGAGCCAAUGCAAAAUUUAUGUGAAAAACACACAUUUUUAUAUAAAAUAUUGAAAAUUAAAUAAAAUUACAAAAGAACUUAUUAUAAAUUUAAAUGCAAUCUAAAUAAACUUAUUAACUGUCGCGGGAAAAAUAAACGGCGUUAAGAAAAGCUGCUCAGCAUAGGUGUCUUAAUGAAGGAACAUUUGUUUUGUUUUGAUUAUUGUUGCUGUAAAAUUUACAUUUUUUCAAACAUUUUACAAAAGAUUUAAUAAAUUUUUAAUAAAAAUGGCUAAAAGAGACAAAGAAGAACAUAGCAAAGAAAAACACAAGAAAAAACAUAAACAUCACAAGUCAUCCAAAAACAAAACCGAGAGUUUUGAACAAUCCAAGGAAUCCCCUCAUGUAAGCUUACAUCAAGAAAGUGAAGAUAUAGAUGUAGAAGAUGAAAGAAAUGAUACACCCAAUAGUCUGAAUCGUAGCAAGGAGUCCACCUUUAACAAUGACGAGGAAACUAUCGAUGUAGAAGUAGAAGAAGAAUUAAUGGAGGAUAGUAUUGAAAUAGAAACCAGCAUUGAUGAUACAAAUGCAGCUAAAACUAUAAACAAAAUUGAAAAGCCCUCAAUAAACAAAAAACCAUUAAAGAAAUUAGAAGAAAGCGAAACAGUUAAUACAAAAACUCCAGUAACGCCCUCCUCUGCUGCAAAUAAGAAAAAUAAAAGACGUCGCGAUAGUGGCACCUCCAGUGAAGAGGAACGUUGGUUAACAGCUGUAGAAUCGGGAAAACUAGAAGAAAUUGAGGAUGUAGAAUUGCGUAAAAUGAAAGAUCCCAAAUUAAUGACAGCACGUCAAAGAGCCAUGUAUGAUCGUAAUAAUGAUACCGAAUCUGCGCCGGGAUUUUCGGAAACCUUAAUGGCUCUACCCACUGGCUACAAGGAAAAAGAGAAACCACAAACUGCCGAAGAACUACAGAAAGCAGCCUUAAAAAUACUCAAACGUAAACAGCAGGCUGAUGAAAAACGUGAAAAGGACAAAAAGAAAACCAUGGAACGUUUACUCAAAAAACAAGAAAGUAAACAUAGGGCGGGUAAUAAACCAAAAUCAACUAAAGAUCAAAAGCCCAUGAUAAGCUAUAAGAAUACUUUGGAGGGGGCGAUUAUACAAUUGCCGGUGGGUGUAGAAUUUCCUUUGGCCCCUCAAUUACCGAAAGAACCACCCAAACAGCAGUUGUGUAGUAUAGCGGGUUGUGGCAAUCCCAAGGUGUAUAACUGUUCCAAAACAAAUUUACCUUUAUGUAGUUUUGCAUGUUAUCGUAAAAAUGUACAAUCUCUUAAAGAAAUUAUAUGUUGAAUAGAAAAAGAAAAAAGAAAUGGAUUUUUUUUGUACUUUUUUAAAUCCCGACCAUAGACUAGACAACAGUCAAGCCUAUAGACUACACUAUAGAUUAUGGACAAGACUGUUAUCCAGAUUGUAGUUGAUAUAAUAGUUGAUAUAAUAGACUAGACUAUAACCCAGACUAUAGACUAAACUAGGGUCUAUACAAUGAAAUUGUCUAUAUUCCUGAAAAUAAAGAUCAGUCUAGACAAAAGAAUAGUCACCUCAAUAGACUAUAUUUUAAACUGGGCAAUAUAGAUCAGACUACGUUCCAGAAUAUGUACUUGACUAUAGUCCAGACACUAUAGACUAGAUUAUGAACUAAUCUAUAGACCAGACUAUAGAUUUGUCUAAAAAAAUGUAUAGACUAAGGUGUAGGGUAGACUAUACGCUUGUAAACCUGACUAUGGACUACACUAUAUGCUAGAAUAUUCUAUAGCUUAGACUUUAGACAAGACAUUAUACUAGACUUGUCUACAGACUUGACUAUAGACAAGACUGUAUAUCAGGCUAUAGACAGGUAUACAGUUAAUACUAUAGUCUAUACUAUAGACUACACAAAACAAUUUUAAAGAAAACUAAUAGCAAAACACUUUUAAUAGCUUUCACAUAUGUUUAUUGAUUCAUCAAGAAAUUAUUAAUAAGUUCCUGUUGUUCCGAUUCGAUACGCUGUAAAUAUUGAUAUUCACUUUUCAAACGAUCCAGUUCUAAAUUCUUCUCAUGUAUUUUACUCUGCAAACAAAUUUCAAACAUAAAACAACUUUUGAACAAAAAUCAUUUCGGAUAACAAACCUGAUAUAACUGUUGCU